CCAGUGACUGCUGGGAGAUGCUGCUGCUGAGAUGGAAAAGUGCCAAAAAUUAAAGGUAGGAAAGGAAAAAAAUCAGGUAGCAUAUUUCUUUAGAUCAGGUUGGGAAGAUGAAGCAUUUUACCAUUUCAUAUGCAUUAAAUGAACAUUGUAAUGUGAGGAAAACUCAUGGUUGGAUUUCUUGCCUUCUUUUCCCUUCUUUGUCUCAUUUCUUUUUGAGUUUUUAAAUUGAUACCAUAAUAUCUACAGUCAAAAAAUGUCUUCAGGUGGAGAAUGGGAUAGAAAAGGCAGGCAGGCAGGCAGGCAGGCAUUCACUAAAGCAGCUAUGAAUACAUAAGAACAGUAGGCCCUUCCACACAACUGAAUAAAAUCCCACAUUUUCUGCUUUGAAGUGGAAUAUAUGGCAGUGUGGACUCAGAUAACCCAAUUCAAAAUACAGUAGAGUCUCACUUAUCAAACAUAAACGGGCUGGCAGAAUGUUGGAUAAGCGAAUAUGUUGGAUAAUAAGGAGGGUGUCAGAACCCUGCUACUAGAGCCUGGAUGUGGCUCUGAGUUUCAGGGUCACUGACAUUGAUAAGACACCUGCGGCUCAGGACUUGGAGAAGAAACGGCUGCUGGACUUGGCGGGGAAUUUGCGCGGGGUUUUACUGAGCGGGAAGAGACUGUUCAAAUGAGGGGGAGGGUAUAUAAAGGAGGGUUGGCCGUAGUAUCCCAUUCUUGGCUUUUCUGAUAUUCAUGUUUCCUACAGUAAAAGUUUCUGGUGAUAUCACAGAGAGUCUUGUGUGUUCAUUCAGGAGCGGCUGUGGUGAGCUGACACUAAGCCAAGAAUACGGACACCAUCCCGCUGUAGCGGUGAGGUGUAACAUGCAAGUGGAGGAUGAAGAGCUCUUGGGCGCAGGAGGAGGAAGGUCGGAAAGGGCCACUCCCGAGCCGGACGCUGAGUUCCACCAGCUGGCGGCCCUGGCGUCAUCCACCGCUUAUGCCCAGCCAAAUGGGGUAACCCAGAGGCGUGGAGUGGUGCGGGGAGACAGCACCGGAGGAGAGGAAGGUUCACCUUCCCCAGGCCCACAAAGGAUGGUGUUUCUGGAGGAGAGGAUGUCGGCGAUGGAGACCACCCUGGCAGUGAUGUCGAGGGCGAUGGAGCGCCUGGCGUUUUUGGCGGAGCCAGAGAGAGGAAGGGAACUUCGGGCUGGCUCAAUGUGGGACGUGAGCGUGGGAAGCAGCCAGGGCUUUGCAGACCUCCCAGCACCGAAGGGAAGGGAAAUGCGAAAGGAGCCCGGUGCCCGGCCCAAGAUCCAAACAAGCCUGACGCGGGUGGAGGAGAGUGACGACGAAGGGGAAAAGCCUCCGAGAAUCCCGGCUACGCUCCCAACUGAGACCCUGGUGCCCCUGGCGAAUGCCGGGCGUGGCACAGGGCCAAGAGAAGCAGCAGCGGGGCCCACUGGUCCGCAAGGGGGCUUGCGACGGGCGGAGAAUUGGGGAUUGCCACCACAGGGACCCCUACCGAGACGAGAGGAACUAAGGAUCGAGUUUGGGGGAGAGUCCUCUGAACUGGAUUUUUUCCUGACCACGGUGAGGGGCUAUAUGGAGGACAAUGCUCACACUUUUAGAACGGAAUCCAGCCGGGUACGGGCCAUUGGCGCAGUGUUGAAGAGGGGAGCGGCCAGCUGGUACGUUCAGCUGCACGCGCGGCGCGACCCAUGUCUGGGGUCACUCCGACGCUUUAUGGGGGCCCUGGAGACCCGUUUCCGAGAUCCACUGGAGCAGAUCCGGGCGAGGGAGAAGUUGAAGACCGUCUCCCAGGGGCAGAGGUCGGUAUCUGAGUAUGCGGAGGAGUUCCAAUGCCUCGCUGAAAAGGUGCCGGAAUGGUCUGCAGUAACAAAGAUAGAACUCUUCAAAGAGGGUCUCAGGCGGGAGAUCCUCUCCUGGGCGGUGCAUCGUGAUGAGCCUGACACACUGCGCGGAUGGAUUCAGCUGGCGGGGCGCAUCGAGACAUCGCUGGCCCAGGCGAGGAGGCACCGAGGAGGGCUACAGCAGCGGCCGCAGAUGAAAGAGGGGAGCCGGAAGGAGGGAUCAACCCCAGCCGGGAGGAGAACGGAGCCGGCAGGGAACGUGAGCACCAGCAGGAGGGGCUGCUUCGUGUGCGGCCGGUUGGGCCACAGGGCUGCCGAGUGCUGGCAGAGAAAAGGGGAAGGCGGAGGCCAGCCCAAACCAAGAGCCGUGGCAGGGAAACGCGCCGAGGAAGAACCACCGAUGAGGCACCACUCGGGGGGGUUGGACGAAGGGGAGGAGGACGCCAUGUCAGAACCCUGCUACUAGAGCCUGGAUGUGGCUCUGAGUUUCAGGGUCACUGACAUUGAUAAGACACCUGCGGCUCAGGACUUGGAGAAGAAACGGCUGCUGGACUUGGCGGGGAAUUUGCGCGGGGUUUUACUGAGCGGGAAGAGACUGUUCAAAUGAGGGGGAGGGUAUAUAAAGGAGGGUUGGCCGUAGUAUCCCAUUCUUGGCUUUUCUGAUGUUCAUGUUUCCUACAGUAAAAGUUUCUGGUGAUAUCA